ACCAAAACAGAGUCUUCGGUCAACGUUUGGCUCAUCCAGAGGAGGAAAUGUUUCUCGCCAUCCUAUAGGAAUUUUCAAUCACAUACUCCUCUGCGCUUUCUACGAAACUGAUCCAUUGAGCAAGAGAAGAACAUGUGAAUCAGAGUAUAGAUUCUUCGCUACCUCCAUCUUCCCUUGGAACUAUUACUCUAAUGGAGGACAAGAAAGCUAACAUAAUCGCUGUUUCAACCGUUAUCAUUCUCAUCGUCGUCAUCGUUAUAGCUCGCAUCUCACUUAAGCUCUCUAAGGCUUUCUACCUUAUUGCAGGGGCCGAUGUUGCAGUGAUCCUUGCGGUCUUCGCAUGUCUCAUGAUCAGACGGCGUUAUAAUCGCAGAAGUAGGUUGAUGGUGACUCAAUUAGUUUCUGAAGGCAGAGAGCUUCGCAUUGAGUAUAGUUUCCUGAGAAAAGUUGCUGGACUUCCUAUAAAGUUUCGAUUCAAGGAACUUGAGGAAGCAACUGAUAAUUUUCGGUCAUUGCUUGGCCAAGGGGCGUCGGCUUCGGUUUUCAAAGGGAUUUUAACCGAUGGAACUGCCAUUGCUGUGAAGCGAAUUGAGAAAGAGGAGCGUGGAGAGAAGGAAUUUCGAUCGGAAGUUGCAGCAAUUGCUAGUGUUCAGCAUGUGAAUCUGGUGCGUCUUCUUGGAUAUUGUAUUGUGGCAGGAGGGCCUCGUUUCCUUGUUUAUGAUUUCAUCCCAAAUGGGUCAUUGGACUGCUGGAUUUUCCCCAAGAAGGGAACCCGGAAUGUCCCUCGAGGGUGCUUGUCAUGGGAAUCAAGGUAUAGAGUUGCCCUAGAUGUGGCCAAGGCACUUUCUUACCUUCAUCACGAUUGCCGGUCAAGAGUCUUGCACCUUGAUCUCAAGCCAGAGAAUAUACUUCUUGAUGAAAAUUAUCGAGCAAUUGUUGCAGAUUUUGGUUUUUCGAAGUUAAUGGGAAAAGAUCAGAGUAGAGUCAUCACAAAUAUCCGCGGGACAAGAGGUUACUUAGCCCCAGAAUGGCUCUUGGAGCAUGGUGUUUCUGAGAAGUCUGAUGUCUAUAGUUUUGGAAUGGUGCUUCUGGAGAUGAUUGGAGGCCAGAGAAAUGUUUGCUUGUUAGAAAAGGGCAACGACAGGGCUCAGAGGACAUGGCAGUACUUUCCCAAAAUUGUCAAUCAGAAAAUGAGGGAAGGAAAGCUUAUGGAAGUGGUUGAUCAUAGGCUAGUAGAAAGUGGAGAUAUUGAUGAGAGGGAAGUAAAGAGAUUGGUUCAUACAGCUUUCUGGUGCAUACAAGAGAAGGCUAGGCUUAGGCCUACCAUGGCUCAUGUGGUGGAAAUGCUUGAAGACCGGGUGGCUGUUGAGGAGCCCCCUGAUACCCAAAUGAUUGUUAUAGAUUUGAUGUCAAUUGAUGACGAUGCACCUGAUGGCCAUAAGAGGGCAACUAUUGCUGCAUUGCCAACAGAUCAAUUAGAUGGCACCAAUCCUACCACUUCAUACGCAUAUUCCAUGUCAGUCAUCUCCGGAAGAUAGCUCCUGCUCCUACUCCUAGUUUGGCUUCUUGUUUCUUCUUCAGGCUUCUUUUAGCUCUAAGCAGGGAUUGGGAGCUGCAGGGGUUAACCUGUGGAGCUUGUAGCGCCAAUUAAGUUUAGAAGGAUGGAAGAAUGCAACAUUGGACCAUUCUGGUAAUGGAAGACAUGAAGCCGUUCUAUCAAUCCAGCCAAGAAUGGUGGCCGCAGUCGCAAGCCAAGGUCGAGUGACUUUGACAAUCAACGCCAAUCUAAAAUUAAAUCCCAACUUUAGCGACUAAGCUGUUCCUCUAUAUAUAAACUUUGUACUCUUCCUUAGUUUGGUCAAGGAAGGGCAAGGAAACUAUGGAUUCUAAGAACAAGAAGAGGUUGGUCAAUAUCUGACCACCGUGAUUUGGAUUUGGGAACGCGUUUCCGAUGGUCAUAUUUCAUUGAAAUCAGAAAGCUAAAAUUAUUUUUCAAGAAAAAAGAUAUUUUAGAUACGAUUAGAAAAAAUAAUUUAUAAAAGAGUUAUUUUAUUAUUUUAA